AUGUCGGCCCAACCUCCACCCUACGCGCGUCCGUCCCACCCGUUGCUCAGCGUCAUACUCGGCGUAGGGCCGUUUGACUGGAAGCCGGCUGUAGACUCUGUACUGUGGCCGAGCGAUCUUUCAACAAGGGCUUCCUUCGUAAGUGGAAACUGGUGUUCGAACGUAAUGGCUGGAGACCACCCGGGCUUGCCGAAAAUCGAAAUCGCUACACCUAUCCAACUGACAGAUAUCACUCCCAUUAUUGCGUCUAUGAAAGAUUCCUUCCCGGGUCAUCACCAUUCUGUGCAACCUGCUGCUACUGAAGAGUCCUCCUCGUUCCCGGUAUUAAACCAGCAACAUCUUCACCUCUCGUGUGACCUCUGUCAGAAAAGUCGAGUAUGGAUACGGAACGUGAAACCGCGGUCCAUCGAAAUUUCCGAGCUGAGCAACGUUCCUCCGAGUGGUGUUAGAAAAGUUGCGAUAGGGAUAAUUGACUUUUGGUGUCCAAGCGUUUGUAGCGACGUCGCUUUUGAUCCUUCGAUGUCAGCUCUUCUUAUCAUUGCGAAGCAGUAUUCACAAUCGUUAGAUUGUUCACCCAUUGGCAGGAAACUUGAGCGGGACUAUAACCCAGUUUGGUCGAUCGGCGGGCUGGGUGGUCGAGCGCGCACCACGGGAGGACAUGACGCGGUCGCUCAAGAGAGGCGCAUCUGUUUCUGCAUACGUACCUCAGUCGCGCGAUUGACGCGCAACUGUCUCUGCACAGGUGCCUAA